AUGACAGCCAUGGAAGGGGCGAGUGGGUCUAGUUUUGGAAUAGACACGAUUCUGUCCAGCGCCAGCUCGGGCAGCCCGGGUGUGAUGAACGGAGACUUUCGACAGCACGUCGAUGGCCGCAGCACGGAUUUUAGGAGCCAGGCCACCCCGUCCCCCUGUUCGGAGAUUGAUACAGUAGGAACUGCACCUUCGUCUCCCAUCUCCGUCACCCUGGAACACCCUGAGCCUCACCUGGUUCAGGACGGCAUCCAGCACCAUCACCAUCUCCAUCACGGGCAGCCUCCGCCGCCUCCGCCACAGCAGCAGCCACAGCCACCACCGCCGACACAAACUUUGCAGUCUUCCCCGCAGCAGCAGCCGCAGCAGCAGCCACCGUCGCAGCCGCAGCCGCAGCCGCAGCCCCCGCAGCUGGGCUCGGCCGCCUCGGCCCCCAGGACUUCCACGUCUUCUUUUUUAAUUAAAGACAUUCUGGGCGACAGCAAACCGCUGGCCGCUUGUGCACCAUACAGCACCAGUGUCUCGUCUCCCCAUCAUACUCCGAAACAAGAGGGGAACGCUGCCAACGAGAGCUUCAGGCCAAAACUCGAGCAAGAAGACAGCAAAACCAAACUCGACAAGCGCGAUGAUGUCCAGAACGACGUCAAAUGCCACG